GUGGCAAGCGGCAGCUGGGCGGCGAGGCGCGGAGCGGGCUGUCCCCGCUGCCGUCCCCCGCGCGGGCCGGGCUGUGAUUGCAGCGGUCGCUUGGACGCUCCCUCCUCCCCGCCUGCCCCCGCGCCGCGCCGCGCCGCGCCGGGAAGGGGGAGGGCGCCGCGAGGCAGCGCGAGGAGCGAGAGGCACCAGGCUGCAGCCAGAGCAGAUCCGGAGAUUGCGCGCUGCGAAGCUAUUUUUUUCCCCCUCCCUUGGUGGUGGGCGAGGGGGGUGGAAGUCUUCGCCCCGGCUCCUGCACACAUGCUCUCUUCUUCGAAAAGUUUCUCCUCCGAUCACUCCGGGAUUGUUCCUGCUCUGCUGCGGGCGCUAACCUUGAACUUUGUGAGCUUGGUGACAGCGCUCUGCUAACCCGGCACCAGCUUCUUUUGCAAAACAAAAAACCCAAACCAAACCAAACCCAAACAACAACAUCCAAAUCCUCCCGCCCUCCCCCCUUAAAAACAAAUCAACAACAACAACAAAAAAACAACACCCUCUUCAGCUGAAAAGCAACCGCCACCAUCACCAUCAUCAUCAGCAGCAGCCGCAGCAACCAAAGGCAAAGACUCCUGCGCCGCCGACAACAAGAGGGUUAAAAGUGUAGACUGGAUUUCACCCCGGGAAAUCUAGCGCACGGAGUGAACUUGAAUCUUUGGCUAUUUAAGGAGGACUGGGGGUUUGUUGCGAAGUUGCGGUGAUCCAGGGCGAGAGCCCAGUCCCGAUUGAUUUCAUCUUCCUUGAGUCUCAGAUGACUGUAAAAUGAAUAGAUGAAAUUAUUCCCUUUUGAGGCUUUUCUUAGGGGCUCUCCGGGAAGUUUGCUCUCAAAGAGAAGUCAUGAUGUAUUCUCCCAUCUGUCUCACUCAGGAUGAAUUUCACCCAUUUAUUGAGGCACUUCUUCCACAUGUCCGUGCAAUCGCCUAUACUUGGUUCAACCUUCAGGCUCGAAAACGCAAGUACUUUAAAAAACACGAGAAACGAAUGUCAAAGGAUGAGGAAAGAGCAGUCAAGGAUGAGCUACUUAGUGAAAAGCCUGAAAUUAAACAGAAGUGGGCAUCCAGGCUCCUCGCCAAGCUGCGCAAAGAUAUACGCCAAGAGUACCGGGAGGAUUUUGUGCUCACCGUUACUGGGAAGAAGCACCCAUGCUGUGUAUUGUCCAAUCCUGACCAGAAGGGUAAGAUUAGGAGAAUCGACUGCCUGCGACAGGCUGACAAAGUCUGGCGGCUGGAUCUAGUCAUGGUGAUCCUGUUCAAAGGCAUCCCCUUGGAAAGUACGGAUGGAGAACGUCUCAUGAAAUCCCCACAUUGCACAAAUCCAGCACUUUGCGUCCAGCCACAUCACAUAACAGUAUCAGUCAAGGAGCUUGAUUUGUUUUUGGCAUACUACGUGCAGGAGCAAGAUUCUGGACAAUCAGGAAGUCCAAGCCACAGUGAUCCUGCCAAGAAUCCACCAGUGUACCUUGAGGAUAGUUUUGUGAAAUCUGGAGUCUUCAACGUGUCAGAACUUGUGAGGGUGUCCAGAACACCCAUAACCCAGGGAGCUGGGGUGAACUUCCCAAUUGGAGAGCUUCCGAGCCAACCAUACUACCAUGACAUGAACUCCGGUGUGAAUCUACAGAGGUCACUGUCUUCUCCACCAAGCAGCAAGAGACCCAAAACUAUCUCCAUAGAUGAGAAUAUGGAGCCAAGUCCAACAGGAGACUUUUAUCCCUCUCCAAAUUCACCAGCUGCUGGGAGUCGGACAUGGCAUGAAAGAGAUCAAGAUAUGUCUUCUCCUACAAUGAAGAAGCCUGAAAAGCCUUUGUUCAGCCCUACAUCUCCCCAGGAUUCUUCGCCAAGACUGAGCACUUUCCCCCAGCAUCACCAUCCAGGAAUCCCAGGAGUUGCACACAGUGUCAUCUCAACCAGAACUCCUCCUCCGCCUUCACCAUUGCCAUUUCCAGCCCAGGCUAUUCUCCCUCCUGCCCCGUCUAGCUACUUCUCUCAUCCAACAAUCAGAUAUCCUCCCCACCUGAAUCCUCAGGAUACUCUGAAGAAUUAUGUACCUUCUUAUGACCCGUCCAGUCCUCAGACUAGCCAGCCUAACAGCAGUGGUCAAGUAGUAGGGAAAGUGCCUGGCCAUUUUACUCCAGUUUUGGCACCCUCUCCCCAUCACAGUGCGGUGCGACCUGUGACCCUGACCAUGACAGAUACUAAACCCAUCACUACAUCCACUGAAGGUGAGGCAUCUUCACCUACAGCAACCACCUACACAGCCUCAGGCACAUCCCAAGCCAAUCGAUAUGUGGGACUAAGCCCAAGAGACCCAUCCUUCCUACACCAGCAACAGCUGAGGAUUUGUGACUGGACCAUGAAUCAAAACGGCAGGCAUUUAUACCCCAGUGCCAGUGAGGAUACAUUGGGAAUUACUUGGCAAAGUCCUGGUACCUGGGCUAGCUUGGUUCCUUUUCAAGUAUCAAACAGGACACCAAUCCUGCCGACAAAUGUCCAAAAUUAUGGUUUGAACAUAAUUGGAGAGCCUUUCCUUCAAGCAGAAACAAGCAACUGAGGGAAAAUGAAACAAACGAAACAUUAAAAGAAAAAAAAAACAGAAAAGAAAAAAGAAAGGAAGACAGGACAAAAAAUGAAACUGAAGAUAGAAGAAAAAUAGACCAGCAAUUGCAGCACUUACAAUCACUAAUUCCCUUAAGGUUGAAACUGUAAUGACAUAAAAAGGGUCGAUGAUAUUUCACUGAUGGGUAAAAUGCAGCCCCUGCUAAGUAGCCUUUGUUGUAUGAAGUCUGCUGGGAAAUAGAUGUUCUGUCUCUGACAAUAUAUUUUAACUGACUUUCUAGAUGCCUUAAUAUUUGCAUGAUAAGCUAGUUUUAUUGGUUUAGUAUUCUUGUUGUUUACGCAUGGGAUCACUAUUCCUGGUUAUCUCACAAAACAAAGGCUAGGCAGCAGCAACAGAGCUGCAGGAGGACAAGGGCCGUGAGCCAGCCAUUUUCUCAACUCUCUGAUUUCUAAAAGUUUGAAAAAAUAAGCUCUGUAGCCUUUAGUAAUCAGUACAGAUUGAUUAAACUGGCCCUUAACCCAGCCUUUUCUAGUGUGUUACCCAGUUUGGAAUUUUCAAAGUCAGUAUGAACACGCAGGCUCUAUGGAAGAAAUGCCUCUAUGUAGGUAAAAGUGUUAUCUCCUCAUGCAACAGUAAGAAAUAAUUUAGCAUUUUCCCCACUAAAGAAACACAGAGGCAAGUGCAAUUUAAAAAUUAUAUCUAAAGGGGAACAUCAUUAUAAGUCCUUCAGCCCUUGGACUCUAAAUUGAGGGGAUUAAAAGAAAAGAAUUUCAAAUUACUUUGAACAAAUUUAUUUUCCCCUCAGUUUUUGAGGGCAUUAAAAGGCAUUAAAUCAAGACAAAUCAUGUCCUUGAGAAGAAGAAAUUAAUAGAAACACAGCACUUAUGUUGGUUUAGCUGCUGCCCCCCCCCCCUUAAGGGGUAGGAUUUAUUUAUUUAAAGUUACUGGUUGCAUCAAGAACCCAUAGGGUGUAUAUAAGGUUCUAUAAAAUCUGCAUUGUAGAGACAAAGAGAAAGGCAAAUCCAUGUCACAAGGGCAAAGCUUACAGUUUACAAACUGGGAAUACCAGGGUGGGGGGGUAAAAUGUAUUUAAAAAUGCACUCUCAAAAGAAGUCUAAUCACAGGGUGCUGAAAACUUGCAUGGUGCUUUCAGAAAUUAGCCUUGUUCAACAAAUUUCUCAUAUUGACAGACCUAUAAAUGUGCAUGGGCAGACAAAUUUUGCCUCGAUGUCUCUUAAAAAUCAAUCAAUUAAUUAAUUAAAAUACUCUUUCCAGUAAUCCUAAUUUGCACGAAGAUAUAAUGUCCACAUUACGUGCCUUGCCUUGAAAUCUAAGAAAAAAAGACAAAAAACAAAAAAACCACAAAAAACAAAAACAAAAAAUCACAAAAAAAUUGACAUCACUACACUUGUUUUGCUGCAUUUAUUAUCAUUUUAAAUCUUUACCAUUUUUAUGACAAAAUAUUUUGUACUCCAGAUGGGAAAAAGUGUGACAUCAUGGAUUUUUUAGACAGUUAUACCUUUAUCUCACAUUUAUAAAGCAUAUCAUGGCUGUGUAUAGUUGCCGCUUAAAAAUUGUAAUCGACCAGCAAUAUUUUCAGUAUUUUGGUGUUUUUUCUAUUAACCUUUCAUGUUUUUCAUCUUCCAAUUAAUAUUUGGGGGGGGGGGGGAUUCAAAUUUAUACGAAUUAUGCAAUACCAAGUUUUGCCUAUGUAGGUAGUGCUUUUAGCUGUAUUGGUUAUUAUAGGUAAGUACACAGAUUUAAAAGAAAAAAAAGAAUAAUGUAUGCUUUUUUUGUUUGUUUUAAUUGACCAAAGUGGGUACUGCUAUUUUUGCAGUGUGAUGAGGUCCUUUUGUGUACUGAGAGAUGGACAGGGGAUUUUUUUUUAUACAUAUAUAUAUAUUCUGGGGUGGGUGGGGAGGAUUUUUAACACUUUACAGUGUAGCUGUGAAGCAGUGCACCCUAAGCCAGGCAAGGGCUGCAAAGUGACUGUUCUGCCUACUGUGACAAACUUUCAAAUAGGUUCCCUCUUUUUAACUUCCCACCUGGGGUGCAAGCUGAACUCAUUUCUGGAUUUUUUAGGAAAAAAUAAUGGAUUCUGUUGGAGGCGGACUUGACUUGAGAAAAUUGUUUUUACUUCUUUUUAUUAUUGUUAUUAUUAGUAUUAUUUUGAGAGGUCAAGACCCACAGUGAGACUGGGACGUUUCUCUUUUUGGCAAAGGUAUUACAUCCUCAGAUGUACACAUUAGUGGGUGUUCUUAGCUAAGAAUGACAUGGAAAUAUACUUUCUUGUAUGAGAGGCACAUACUGGGCCAAAUUCUUUGCUGGGGUAACUCCAUUGACUUCUGUUAACUCCAAAACAGCUAUGCCAACAGAGAAUUUGGCACCCUAUAUUUAAAUGACCAGCCACUAUUCUUUAUUUUAUGUCAAAGAAUUUAGUUUAGUUACACAAAGCAUUUGAUUUUCAGGCAUCUCCCUUAGCAAACCAGUGCCAGAGGUUUAAAAUUUCUUCACGUGCAAAAGGUCAGAUGGAAAGUUGCAGUUAUGUACUGUGACUUGAAUAGAUUUAAAGUAGACUGUAAAUAAAAGUUUAUUUCAAGUACAAUAAAAAUCUUCCAGACUUGUAGUGGGCCAUUGCUUCACAUCUUAUACAUGUAUAGGCUUCAUGUUGUGGCUCAUCACUUAGAGUGCAUUUUCCCAUCAAAGUCCAAGGUGCAAAUGGAGUGGGGAAUAAGUCCAUUAAAUGGAUACUUCUCUUCCCCACCACCUUGGCCAUGGAUAAUUCAGCCCAUUAAGGCUGUCCCUACACUAAGUAUUUUCUUAAAGUUUCUCCCCAUUAAACUACCACUGGUGUGCAUUCUAAUAAUGGUAGCAUGGCUAAGAGUUCUAGUGGCAGCAAAAUGCUUAAAUUACUGCUGCGCUAUCUGAAGCCACUAAUAUAUCCCCAACCCUAUUCAAAGCAAAUGGAAAUGAUGAAGUGGUUAAGAAUGUGGCAUGUGCCAGCAUCUUGUUUCCAUUAGAGCUCCCACCAUCUUCACUUCAGUGAAGUUGUACUGGUGGGACAGUUGAGAAGAAAGCAGCAUAGUCAAGGCCUAAAAGGCAACAGAGAGAGAGAGAGAAGCUAGAAAUUUUAAAAAAAUCCUUAAGAUUUAUAUUUAGCUAAAAAACAAAAAAAAAGAAAUCAACUUUAUGUUGCUCUUUUUCUGAGCCCCGUGGUAAGUGAAUUCAUUCACUAAAUAAAUUGCUGUUAAGAGUAACCGAAAUGUAGACCACCACCUUGAGGAUCCCUUAGGCUGUGGCCUGAUAAAAUAAACCUCAUAUUGUUCUAUCAGCCCAUCGCUUAAUAAUGAAUGGCUAUGUGCUGGAGAACUGAUUAGCCCAUUCAGUAAGAUGUCCCCUUUAACUCUGAAUAACGCAGCAUGAUGAAACCAAGACAGUUCAGACUUUAAAGUGCAAUAAUUUAUAUGAUUCUUAUCCUUGUAGACAGUGGAUGGUCUUAACUAAACUUUUUGUGUCUUUGACCUAUCAUGCAAUCAUCAACACAAUUUUUUAAGGCAAACUCACUCUAUGUGAAUGAAUUUUCCUCUCUGGAUUGUUGAUUGACUCUGUGGGUUUUUCUGCCUGCCUCUAUAAUAUAAAGGCCUAUUUUAAUUUUUUUAUUUUUUUUAAAGAAAAAAAUGCUCAUAAGUCAUAAGAUUAAGAAAAUACAGAGGACUCAAAUCCAGUCUGUAGCCUCCUCCUUCACCAGGAAGUGUAUUCUGACUAAAUCAAGCCACCCCGUUCUAUGUGCACUGUUCUGCCUUUAUUAAGUUGCUUUGCAGCCCUGGCCUCAUGGCUGUGCCACUGAAGUGUGUUUCCCCUGGAGUGACAUGAACGUUUGAGGCUUAACUAAGGAAAAAAAAGGCAGUGAAGGAGACUGUACAUAAAGACAUGGCAAAAAUAUUAAUUAUAGCAAUAUAGUUGUGGGGUGAUGUUCAGGUGGGCAGCUCCAUUGAAAAUAUGUGAAUGAAUCUGUGAAGCUGCAAGUAGCAAGAAGAACAGAGGAUCUUCUUAAUGAACCGCCUACCUUGUAGACAGUAAUUUGUACACUGUAUAGUUUUGUUAAGAUUUUUUUUUAAUUAAAGUACCCUUGUUUGUAAAGCUAACUUUUUAACAAUUAUAAUGGAAAUAAUAUGUCAUUUCCAUUUUUAAAGUAAACAAGAAUAUUCCUUGUCUAGAAACUGGACUUGGGUUAAAACUCUCCAGUUUCUUAAUUUAUGUAUUAAAAAAAUCUGUCCAUGUUAGGAGUUAUUUCGCAGAUUCCUGUGCUUGAGAAGCAGAGGUUACUAAUCCUUUAAAAAAUGUAAAUGGAGAAAAGUUAUAUUUUAUGAAGGUUAUUUUGUUGUAUUUAGUAUUGGAAAAGUUGGUUUUGCAGAGCCUUUCAGAAUGUUGGAAGCACCACUGUCUUUUUAUUAGUAUAUAUGGCCUUUAGCAAAAGUUUUUGUGAUUGUUACAUGAUGGUAUUUAAGAUUAGGUUCACAGAGCAUUCAGGAGAGGCAGAGAAUGAAAACAGUACUUAUGUCUCACAUAGCUGUGUCCUCAGGGAGCAGAAUUUUGGAUUUGCAACUUGUAGCUUCAUAAGGACUUAAUGAAAGAGAUUGCACAGGGACACACUCAGCUGUGACACCGAGUGUGUUCUGUACCUAAACUCUAAAUUAUAUUUACUGUGUGAGAUUAUGAAGGCUGCAGAAAGUUAUCCCAUAUUCAGUGUACAGUAUUCACUUUUAAUGAAACAACUCUAUAAUGUUGCUGGCAGUAAGGCCCCAAGCAUGACAUCCAAUAUAGUUUACAUGAUCCUGUCAAGGUCUUUUGUUAACGUUAACCAGCUGCAUGCUCCUGGACUUUUUUUUAUUGGAUUUCUAUAGAAAACUUAAA